GACGAACAUUGAUCGCAAAAUUUGUGGAACGAGGCCAGCACACGUGUAAUCAUACACAAACAUUGGACGAGGAACGUAUUCUGAUUGGCUGUCAGGCAAGCGGUCUCAGUGGUUUUUGUUUUGGAGAUUAUUAAUUAGCACAUAUUUGACCAUAACAAUAGAAAAAUGUCGUGGAAUAGCGAUACUGUUUUAGAAUUCUUAGAACUCUACAGAAGGGAGCAACAUUUAUGGGAUCCAAAACAUCCGCUGCACAGAAAUAGAAGUGAAGUUUCCGAGUCUUGGCUGAGAAUACAAGCAUCUCUAAGUAUACAUUGUUCAAUUACUGAUCUAAAGAAGAAAAAGGAAUCAUUAAUGACGUCCUUUAGAAUGCAUCUCAGCAAAAAGAAAGUUCAACCAGGAUAUCGUACGACUUGGUUUGCCUAUUCACUAAUGGAGAGUUUUCUUGGCGGCAAAUAUGAAUGUGAUAGUACAAAUCAAUUGGAAAAUGAGUAUUUCACAAAUACAGGAAACUACUCGACACAGCCAGGGAUCCCAGAUCAUACAAAUAACAUGAAUAGAAAUAUAAAUAUAGCUGAUAAACACGCAGCAAUGGUUCGACAAAAUAAACCAGUCUCUCCGUGUCAGAAAACACCUACCAAUAAGAAUAGUUCAGAAUUAAAUUAUGCUAAAAAACGGAUGGACGAAGCAGUAACGUAUUUAAAGAAUGCAUCAUCAAGUGGCGUGAAGCAUGAAAUGGACGAAUAUGAGUUAUACGGUCAGUUAUUAGCGAAGAAAUUGAGAAAAUUAGAUGAACAUCAACGUGAUUUAGCGAUGCAUGAAAUUGAUAAUGUUAUGUUUCGCGCAAAAAUGCAGAGCACAACGUCACAGCAAAGGAGUUACUCGACCUCGCCGUCCCCUGUACCUCGGAAGCUGAAAUCUCCAAUAUUUAUAGUUACCCAACAAAAUCCUACUAACAUACAGUACGAAGAUGAAAAUAUUACGUAUCAAGAGCAACCACCAUCUUAGAGGCAGCUUAAUGUUUGUUGAGGAUAUUUGAUUGCAGCUGGUUGCAGCUGAACCGCACGAUUUGCAGUGCGCUGAGUAAAUGGGGAAUGGGAUGCGGGUCGUGGAAGACGCAACAGUAGACAGAGAUUGUUAAUUAGUUAUUUAAUUAUUUAAUAAAUAGCUUUAUUUAUUUAUUUACUGAACGUUAGAAGUAAUACACGAAGUGUGAAAAAUGCAUAGCAACUAAAAAGGUGAACAUAUUUAACAUAGUUAAAUAGCUACUUUUCAAUAUGUUUUCUUGGAUGCGUUAAUAUUUUUUAUGUUAAUAUUUUCGUUAACUAAUU